GGAAGUGUUUCACGGGGUGCUAAAAGCUCCACAGAGAAUGACCAAAUAUACUUGACCAGAACCGCUGUCAUACUGAUUUUUAACUGGUUUCACUGACGUCGUUAUUGUUACGAGCAACAUUCAAUUUUUGUGUCCACCACCAGUUCAGUUUUCGGCGGGUUGCAUCCUUUGAUUUGAGGAGGAUCAUUUGAAUCGAGGAGCCGUCCUGGGCGUGUUGCUGUAAGGUUAUGCGUGGACAACAGUGCCACAACACACUCAGUCAGACAGACACAAGCUUUGAUCUGCGUGUUUUAUGUGCAUGGCCCUUGGUGUGGGAGCACCAUGAGCGGGGAGCCAGAUGCCUUGGCUGUGGUGAAUCAGCUGAGGGACUUAGCUGCUGACCCCCUCAACAGGCGAGCUAUUGUUGAAGAUCAAGGCUGCUUGCCCGGCCUCAUUCUCUUCCUUGACCACCCCAAUCCACAAGUCGUCUACUCUGCGCUAUUGGCGGUGCGCUACCUGGCAGAAUGCCGCGCCAACAGGGAGAAGAUGAAGGGUGAGCUGGGCAUGAUGCUGAGUCUGCAGAACGUCGUGCAGAAGGGCACGUCACCAGGCGAGACGAAGCUGCUGGCCUCUGAGAUCUACGAGAUCCUGCAGAACUCCAGCAGCCCGGAGGCCGAUCGGGCAGAAGCUGCCGCCUCGUGCCGAAAAAAAGCCCAGUUCUUCCUGGGAGCCACGAACAAACGGGCCAAAACUGUAGUGCUUCAGAUCGAUGGGCUUGAUGACUCGGCGAAGAGGAGUCUCUGUGAGGAGGCUCUGCUUAAAAUCAAAGGAGUCAUCAGCUUUACCUUCCAGAUGGCUGUGAAGAGAUGUGUGGUUAGGAUCCGUUCUGACUUGAAGGCAGAGGCCUUGGGAACUGCUAUAGCUUCAACCAAAGUCAUGAAAGCACAGCAGGUAGUGAAGGGGGAAGACGGAUCUGAGAUUGUAAUGCCAUUCCAAGAGGACUCGGAUGUGGUGGUCGAGCAGAACAUGAAUUUGCCGGAUUAUCUCCCCGAGGAAGAGAGCCCGUCUCAGGAGCAGCAUAAAGCCGUGACGCGAUUGGGCUCCGUGCAAGACGGUGUGAGCUGGCUGGGCACGGCCGCUAAUUUUCUGUCCCGCUCCUUUUACUGGUGACCCUGCAUGCCCUGCCCCACCUUUACAACCUGCCUUCGAAUCGCAAGACUGCUGAGCGCAACUCGCAAUAAACUUAUAACCGUGUUCUGACUAAAAAACGCCACGACAGGCGGCUGUAAACAGUACGCAAUUUAACCUACUCCGAAACUCACGUUAGCCCUGCAUACGCACCACACAAGACACUAAAUCCAAAGAGCAAUCGGGAGAAGUUCACAGAAAGCAUUACAUGUGUAUCUGCUCUCUCUUUGCUCUCCACUCACCUUUUUUGUUUGGUCGGGGUAUGGUUUCAAAACGUUUGGCCCCAGGUCUAUUGAGACUAAACAACCUUCAGAUCUUUGUCACGUAGCGGGACGGUUUGUAGUCGUGUGGGUCAUACAUUGAGUUUUUUUUUUUAAAUUUAUAUGAAUUUGGGUGCUUUCUUAUGUGUUCCAACCAUUCAUCUCAGCUUUCUUGUACAUUUUAAACAUCUUCAUUUGCCAAUUAUUUGAUAAUCCUAAUAUUACAUUAUCCAUCAGCACUUUUCAAAGCAUGCUGUAAUUUUUAUGCCUUUUUUCCCACCCUCUUUGAAUCCUUAUUCCUUUUGUGUGCCUUUACGAUGUAGCUUGUUGUGAUUCAUUCAUUUUAAAUCCUCUUGUUUGCUUCUUCUGAAGUUCUAAAGCCUUCUGAAGACAUAAUCUACUGUAUGUUUUAGGUUUGAAAUGUGUAGUGAUGGCUCAUUGUUACUCCUCUUUAAAGUGAUAGUAAACCCAAUAAUUAAAAUUUUGCCCUCAUUUACUCACCCUCAUGUUGUUCCUUUCUCUCGUUCUUCCAAGAAACACAGAUGAUGAUGUUAGGCUAAAUAGGGUUUCAUAGUAUGGAAAAAGACAUACUGAAAGUGAAUGGUGACUGAGGCUACAUUCUGCUUAAUAUCUUCUUUUGUGUUCCAUGGAAGAAAGUGAUACAGGUUUGGAAUGACAUGAGGGUUAGUAAAUUAUGACAGAAUUGACAUUUUUGAGGGAACUAUCCCUUUAAACACCAGCAAUGAUUGCUGUGCAGUAAUAAAAAUGAACGGUAAUACCUCCAGAAAAGUGAAAGCACCUCAGAAUUUCUGUUACAAUGUGUGUAAUAUUAACCCUCUUUGUUACAGCAUGUGCCAAGCACCAGAGUACCUUCUUUACACAAACCAAGUAUGUUUUAAAAUAGAUCAGAUCCUUUAUCAAUUCUUAAGCUUCAUCCAUACGUAGUUUUCCUUUAUCAGUAAAGGCAUGUUGACUAUUUAUAAAUUGCUUUUGUUUUUCUGUGUAUUCCUUACAACCAUGUUUUAUUCAGAGCUUUUCAUACACGUUCAUUUUAAGUGUGUGGUUCACCUGUUAGCCAAAUGCAUGAUCCAGUCAACUCUGAUUGGAUAUGUGCCUGUCAUCUUUGCAUGACCACCACCAAUCAGCACCUUUCUCUCUACAACAACAUCUUAUUAACCGUUAGAUUAUCAACUGACCUCACAUAUCACAUUCAGGAAGUCUGCUCAGGGAUGUGUGUACGAUCUCCCGCAGCUGAUGGUUCUAAUGUACAUUACAGUUUUACACUAAAUCUGGGUUUAAAGUUGUAUCACCCCUUGGUUGCAUUCAGUAUAGGGUGUGUUCCCAAAAGGAGACCUGCACACAUCGAUUUUAAAACACAAGUCUACAUGAAAAAUUAAGUCCGAAACCAUGUAUGUUAUCCCUAAAUUUAAAGAGAAAUUUCACCUUAAAAUGAACAUUUUGUAAUCAAUUAUUCACCCACGUGCUGUUCAAACCAUUAUGACUUUCUUCUGUAGAAUGUAAAAGGAGAUGUUAGGCAGAAUGACAAUGGGAAAAAUAUUCAUUGAGAGUGAACGGUGACUGAGGUGAUUCUGCCUAACAUCUCCGCAGAAGAAAUGAAGUCAUACGGGUUUUGAAACAACAUGGUGGUGAGUAAAUGAUGACAGAAUUCACAUUUUUGGUGAACAAUCCCUUUAACUCCUGUUUGAUUGAAUUAUCAUUCGUCAUCAGAUUUUUCCCUUAUUAUCCUGUAAGCCUUCAGUGGCUUUUUGUAAAGCAUCAGUGUUUGUGUCCUUUUGUAUUUUUCCUCUUUUGAAAUAAUUUGAACAUAUGUAAUUAGCGAUCUUUAAAUGACCGUAUAUUCUUUUUUAAAAAUAGCAUCAUGUUCACUUUGAUCAAAACUGAGGUGUUGAGACUUUGUUAUAAAGAUCGCAUUAGUGUACAGAAUUUGAAUAUGGUUGAAUAUGAGACAAGCCAUCAGUAUUAUAUUUAUGAACCAGAUCCAAAUUGCAUUUUCUAGUUUCUGUAUUUUAUUUUUUUCCCUUUUGUACUGUACAAACACUUCCUUGAAACAUUUUAAGCUAUUCACUCUUACUUAACAAAAGCAGAACCAGAGCCCAUGAUAGAUUUAGUAGCUUCUCAUGUACAGUGCAUAUUUGCUGUUAUAAACAACAGUUUUAGGACACACGAUUCUUGGCUGUUCACAGUAAUGACAAGGAUUAUUAAAUAGACAGUAUAAUUUUA